AUGAUGGACGUGCCACAAGCCAAUGUCCCUUUGGACGUAAUUGUAGUCGGCGCCGGCAUUGGAGGGAUGGCCGCGGCGUUAACAUUAGGAAUGCGCGGUCACCGCGUGGUGGUCCUCGAAGCUGCUCCCAAAAUUGCAGAGGUUGGAGCUGGUAUCCAAGUUUCUCCAAACAUGUUAAGGCUUUUUGAGCGAUGGGGUAUUUCUGACUUGAUACACGCCCAAGAUGUGGCGUUGGAGCAUAUCCAUGUUCGACGGUGGGAAGACGGCAAGCUUCUGGCCACCGUGCCGGUGAAUAAGACAUUCGGCCAGCAGGUUGUCAUUCACCGUGCCGAUCUGCACAACGCCUUGAUCGACAGUGCACUUGCUCUUGAGAAUGUUCAUCUUCACGAAAACUCUGUCGUUACCGAUGUUGCAUUCAGCCCUACAUCCGUCACGCUAGCCAAUGGCACAGUUCUUCGUGGAGACGUUGUUAUCGGCGCCGAUGGUAUCAAAUCAACCGUUCGUAGCCAGUUGCUGGAGGACUCGUCGAUCAAGGCCGUUGCCACCGGUGAUGCUGCGUAUCGAAUUUUGCUUCCCCGCAGCAUCAUGGAGAAAGAUCCCGAAUUGAAGGAGCUCAUCGAUGAGCCGCAGGCAACUCGCUGGCUAGGUCCUGAGCGCCACAUCAUUGCAUACCCCGUGCGCAAUCACGACUUGUACAAUGUGGUUCUGCUUCACCCAGACCGACAAGAAGUCGAAGAAUCUUGGACGACAAAGGGCUCGAAGCAGGCCAUGGUGGAUAAUUACAAGGGCUGGGACCCAAAGAUCGGAAAGAUCAUUGAUCUCGUGGAGGAAGAUGAGGUCCUCGAGUGGAAGUUGUGUCUGCACCGUCCCCUCAAGACUUGGACUCGAGAAUCAGUAGCUUUGAUCGGUGACGCAUGUCAUCCUAUGCUCCCCUAUGUUGCUCAAGGUGCAGCACAGGCAGUCGAAGACGCAGCAGCACUGGGCGUCCUACUUUCAACAAUCUCAUCACGGCAAGAAAUUCCACACGCACUCAAGGUCUAUGAGCAGUCUCGAAAGCAGCGUGCAGAGACAGUUCAAGCUUCUGGAUCUGAGAAUCGGAUCACUCUACACUUGCCGGACGGCCCAGAGCAACUCGCCCGGGACGCACAAUUCCUGGAAUCGGCAAGUGGUUCGAACCCUGAUAAAUGGUCUGAUCGUGCAACGCAGCAGUUCUUGUGGGGAUGGGAUGCUGAGAAGGCGGCCUUAGAUGCGUGGAAC